GAUCACAGCAUGCAUCACAAUGCUUUAAAACAGCAAAGCUUCUGGAAAACCCAAACAAAAAGGAACGUCACUGGGUGACGUCAGCCUAUAUACAGUUCUGUGUGGUCGCAGCACAUAAGCAAAUCCAUUCUUGUACCGUUUCCCUGAAAAGCUUUUCAGUAAAUGCACUCAUGCUACUACCGGAGCUUCUCUCAGCAAUAAGCCGCCCAUCUGCCAUCAACAAGUUAGGACUAAAAGAACCCACAGCUGCGGAAAAAGAAAACGUGAGCUUCAAUUAAACAGCUGAGCAGUCACAGGAGGAAAAACUUAUAUUAAGCAUUGAAUUACAGACCUGUCACAGGAAAUCAAGCCAGCAAAUUCAGAAGGAAUAUUUUAAAGAGAGCAUGGUGGAUUCAUUUUUGCACUAAUAUCGAAGGACACUAGAAAACAGUAAAUUAUUCAAAGGCUGUCUCUUACAUUAGAGCCUUUUACAGAUUCACUGCGUUGAGUCUAAAACUACGACUGAAUGCAACCUCCAAUGUACUCAAAAGAAUGGGCUUACAUUUCAAGUGGCCAUUAGGGGCUCCUAUGCUGGCAGCACUAUAUGCAAUGAGUAUGGUUUUAAAAAUGCUGCCUGCCUUGGGCAUGGCAUGUCCACCAAAAUGUCGCUGUGAGAAGCUGCUCUUUUACUGUGACUCUCAGGGGUUUCACUCAGUGCCAAACACCACUGAAAAGGGCUCUCUAGGUUUGUCACUGAGGCACAAUUAUAUUUCUGAACUUGAAAGGGAUCAAUUUGCAAGCUUCAGUCAACUUACUUGGCUUCACUUAGAUCAUAAUCAAAUUUCAACAGUAAGAGAAGAUUCUUUUCAAGGACUGUAUAAACUUAAGGAAUUAAUCCUAAGUUCCAACAAAAUCUUUCACUUGCCAAACACAACUUUUAACCAACUGCUUAACCUGCAAAAUUUGGACCUCUCUUUUAAUCAGUUAUCUUCUCUGCAUCCCGAGUUGUUCUAUGGCCUUCGUAAACUGCAAACCUUGCAUUUACGUUCCAACUCCCUGCGGACUAUCCCAGUCCGCCUCUUCUGGGACUGUCGUAGUUUGGAGUUUCUGGAUUUGAGCACAAAUCGCUUGCGAAGUUUGGCUCGCAAUGGAUUUGCAGGAUUAAUCAAAUUGAGGGAGCUUCACCUAGAGCACAACCAGCUGACAAAGAUUAAUUUUGCUCAUUUCCUACGGCUAAGCAGUCUGCACACGCUCUUCUUGCAGUGGAACAAAAUUAGCAACUUGACAUGUGGGAUGGAGUGGACCUGGGGCACCUUAGAAAAGCUAGAUUUGACUGGAAAUGAAAUCAAAGCCAUCGAUUUGACAGUUUUUGAAACAAUGCCUAAUCUUAAAAUACUCCUAAUGGAUAACAACAAGCUAACCACUCUGGAUUCCAAGAUCUUAAAUUCACUUACAUCUGUAACUACAGUGGGCCUAUCCGGCAAUCAAUGGGAAUGCAGCCCAAAGAUAUGUGCAUUAGCCACAUGGUUGAGUGGUUUCCAAGGUCGGUGGGAGCACUCCAUACUCUGCCACAGCCCAGACCACACCCAGGGAGAGGAUAUUCUAGAUGCAGUUUAUGGCUUUCAGCUUUGCUGGAAUUUAUCAACUAUUGUUACAUCCAUGGCUACGACUUACAGAGUUCCAACUACAGAGUAUACAAAAAGAAUAAGCUCGUCUAAUUUCCAUGUGGGAGACAAAGAAAUUCCAACUACUGCAGGCAUGAUCACUACCACUGAAGAAAAUUUCCCUGAACCAAACAAUGCCAUCUUCACUCAGCGGGUAAUUACAGGAACAAUGGCUUUAUUAUUUUCUUUCUUUUUUAUCAUUUUUAUAGUGUUCAUCUCCAGGAAAUGCUGCCCUCCCACAUUAAGAAGAAUUAGGCAGUGUUCAAUGAUUCAAAACCACAGGCAACUCCGAUCCCAAACAAGGCUACAUAUGUCAAACAUGUCAGACCAAGGACCAUAUAAUGAAUAUGAACCCACCCAUGAGGGACCCUUCAUCAUCAUCAAUGGUUAUGGACAGUGCAAAUGUCAGCAGCUGCCAUACAAAGAAUGUGAAGUAUAAUAUCUACAAGUCAUCAAAAAUUAAACCAGAUAAGUAACCUAUUUUAAAAUUGUAGGGGACCUACAUAAAAUUCUAAUUUUUACAAAUGCUGACAUAAAGCCUAAUUUUCCAAACUACUUAAUGGAAACAUUGUUUAUGGAGUGGUGCAGUAUUUUAAAGUUUUUUUUUAAAAUAAACCCAUAAUAUUUUCAGUGUUAAAGAAGCAAUGAUUACAUUAAAUUUGCACUCCUAAUGUUUGAAAGUCUAAAAAGAUGCUCACCUCAAGAUAUGUAAGAUGUUUCAUGUUAUGUAAUUAUAUGACUAUGUGUAAACAUUUA